CACCCUUUCACUUCCUACUGGCGUCCAAAACAGAGACCAGCCACGGAAUUUGAUAAACUAUUACUGCGUUUGUUCAACUAAUGUGAAUGACGUGCAAGCAGUGAUAAUUAUGAUUCCAUACACUGUCAACAUCAAACUUGCUGCCCGGACAUUGACUGGCACUCUCAAUUUGCAGAAUAAAUCUGCAGUAGAUUGGGGCUGGCAGGGACUGAUAGCUCAAGGAUGUCACUCAAGCAUUCUCAUUAUUGAUCCAAAGACAUCACAGACUAUCCAAGUGCUGGAAAAACACAAAGCCAAUGUGGUCAAGGUGAAGUGGUCGAGAGAGAAUUACUAUCAUAAUUUGAGCUCGCCAUACUGUUUGCGACUAGCCUCUGGAGAUACCUCUGGAAAGAUAAUUGUGUGGGAUGUCGUUAGUGGCACUCCCCAUUGUGAGAUCCAAGAGCAUUCCAAACCCAUCCAGGAUUUGGAGUGGUUGUGGAAUCAGGAUGUGUCCCGUGAUCUGUUGUUGGCUGUGCAUCCACCUAACUACAUCAUUCUAUGGAAUGGAGACACAGGAAACAAGCUAUGGAAGAAGAGCUAUGCUGAAAACAUCCUGUCCUUCUCUUUUGAUCCAUUUGACCCAUCCAACAUGGCAUUACUGACAAGUGAAGGAAUAGUCUUCAUCACAGACUUUUCCCACUCGAAACCACCAGGAAGUGCUGGCAAAAAGGUUUACAUUGCUAGCCCGCAUGCAAGUCCUGCCCAUACCAAGCCUGCACCUGCCGCGCCCCCAGCUCCUACCGGUGCCAAGAAGGCGCUCAACAAGGUCAAAGUACUAAUCACCAAUGAAAAGCCCACUGCGGAGGCAGUGACGUUGAACGACUGCCUGCAGUUGUCUUACCUGCCGUCCAAAAGAAACCACAUGUUGCUGCUUUAUCCCAGAGAGAUCCUCAUCCUGGACCUAGAGCUCAGCCAGACUGUGGGAGUUGUCGCCAUUGAGCGUUCCGGGGUACCCUUCAUCCAGGUGAUUCCCUGCGCCCAGAGGGAUGCCCUAUACUGCCUCCACGAGAAUGGAUGCAUCACACUUCGCGUGUGCCGUUCCACUUCGGCCCUUGAAGAAGGAUCAGGAGCAACAGACCCAGAACAGAGUUCCCAGGAGCUCGUUUAUGACCUCCGCUCUCAGUGUGACGCUAUUCGUGUCACGAAGACUGUCCGGCCUUAUCGCAUGGUUAUUUGCCCCGUCUCUGAAAACAAUGCUGCUCUGAUGGUCAGCGAUGGCAGAGUUAUGCUUUGGGAGCUUAAAGCCUUUACUGGAAAAGCGUCUGUCAAUCCAAGUUCAGGGCUGUCUCCACUCUACUCCCCUGUGUCCUUUUGUGGAUCUCCUCUGGCUCCAAACCAGAAACAUAUUCAGAAUCUCUCUCUCAACAACAUGAUCGGUCAAACUUUGAUAGCUGGUGAGGCCCCUCUUGCAUCCUCCAACCAGCAAGAAGUCCAGCUGAAGUUUCUAUUGACUGGUCUCCUAUCUGGUUUGCCAUUGCCACCCUUUGCCAUCCGUAUGUGUCCACCUCUUACCACCAAAAACUUCAACCACUACCAACCGAUGCUGGCUGUUGGUACGAGUAAUGGGUCUGUGCUGGUCUACAACCUUACCAGUGGUCUUCUCCAUAAGGAGCUCAGUGUCCAUUCUUGUGAAGUAAGGGGUAUUGAGUGGGUGAGCCUCACCAGUUUUCUGUCUUUUGCCACUUCUUCUCCUAACAACAUGGGACUGGUUCGGAAUGAGCUGCAGCACAUUGACAUGCCUACUGGACGAUGCUUUGCAUUCAGAGGUGAGCGAGGAAAUGAUGAGCCACCCAUUGAGAUGAUAAAAGUUUCACAUCUAAAGCAGUACCUGGUUGUAGUGUUCAGGGACAAACCACUUGAGUUGUGGGACAUCAGGACUGGAACACUUCUUCGAGAGAUGGCAAAGAACUUCCCUACAGUUACAGCUCUGGAGUGGUCCCCAUCGCACAACUUGAAGAGCCUGAAGAAGAAGCAGAUUGCAGCAAGGGAGGCCAUGGCUCGACAGACAGUGUCAGACACUGAGCAAAAUAGUGUUGAAUCUUCAGUUAUCAGUCUGCUGCAAGAUGCAGAGAGCAAGUCGGAGACCAACCAGGCCAUAUCUGCCAGGGAACAUUUUGUGUUUACUGACACAGAUGGGCAGGUCUACCAUAUCACUGUAGAGGGAAACACUGUCAAAGAUGGAGCCCGUAUUCCUCCUGAUGGAAGUAUGGGUAGUAUUGCCUGCAUUGCUUGGAAAGGUGACACCUUGGUGCUUGGUGAUGUCGAUGGAAAUCUUAACUUCUGGGACCUUAAAGCACGCUUGUCCAGGGGAAUACCAACUCACCGUGGCUGGGUGAAGAAAAUUCGCUUUGCACCAGGAAAAGGCAACCAGAAACUCUUGGUUAUGUACACUGAUGGAGCAGAGGUCUGGGACACCAAAGAGGUCCAAAUGGUCAGCAGCAUGCGGAUUGGUCGCAACGUAAACUAUCGUGUCUUGGACAUUGACUGGUGCACUUCAGACAAAGUUGUACUGGCUUCAGAUGACGGGUGUAUUCGUGUGUUGGAGAUGGCGAUGAAGUCUGCUAGUUAUCGUAUGGAUGAACAGGAUCUCAGUGAUUCAGUGUGGUGCCCCUACCUGCUGCUACCUCGAGCUGCUCUCACUCUUAAGGCAUUCCUCCUGCUACAGCCAUGGUCGGGGACCUUCACCAUGGACAUAACACAAGUAGACUACAGUGAGAAAGAUGAGAUUAAAGGUCUGAUCCAGGAACAGCUCAAUUCUUUGUCAAAUGACAUGAAGAGUGUGCUGCAGGACCCAGAGCUCAGCUUGCUGCAACGCUGCCUCCUGGUCUCACGGUUGUUCGGGGACGAGUUUGACCUUCACUUUUGGACAGUGGCUUCACACUACCUCCAGUCAUUUGCCCAGGCUCGUCAGCUCAGUGUGUCCACAACGGAGAGUCAGGUUCAAAGUGAAUUAGCCCAACAGUCCCCUCAGAAUCACCUGGACAUCUGUCACGACACGUUGUGUGAGAGCUCUUAUUUCCAGAAAUUCCAGUUAGAUCGUGUUCACCUGCAGGAAGUGAAGCGCUCAAAUUAUGAGCAUACUAAGAAAUGUGCUGACCAACUUCUCCUUUUGGGCCAGACAGACCGUGCUGUCCAAUUACUGUUAGAGACGAGUGCAGACAAUCCCAGCUACUACUGUGAUUCCCUCAAAGCCUGUUUGGUGACCACCAUCACAUCCUCUGGUCCCUCCCAGUCCACCAUCAAACUUGUGGCCACUAACAUGAUUGCCAACGGCAAGUUAGCAGAGGGGGUGCAGCUGCUGUGUUUGAUUGACAAAGCUGCAGAUGCUUGCCGCUACCUGCAGACCUACGGGGAAUGGAAUCGCGCCGCCUGGCUGGCUAAGGUGCGCCUCGGCCCAGCGGACAGUUCAGAUGUGCUAAAGCGAUGGGCAGAGCAUCUGUGCUCCACACAAGUCAACCAGAAGUCCAAAGCCAUCCUGGUACUACUUUCUCUCGGAUGCUUUUACAAAGUAGGAGAGAUGCUGCACAGUAUGAGGCACUUUGACUGCGCCGCUCUCUUUAUCGAAGCCUGCCUGAAAUACGGGGUCAUGGAGGCCAACGACUCCUCUAAUAAACUCAUAGAAGCAGCAUUUUUGGACUACGCACGACUGCUGCGCUCGCUAGGCCUGCGAGAAGGUGCCGCUCUGUGGGCGUCACGAGCCGGCACCGUCGGCGAGCAGCUGAUGGAAGAGCUGUUCAAGGGCGAGGGAGGAGGGCCCAACGUCGUGCUUGAUAGUAACGAGGCCAAGGUAGUGACUGACUCUUGAAGUUGAAAGAAUUAAUCUCUGCCUUCGAACUGUGGUUAAAAGUUCUUUAUCAAGAGAGAAUACCAAGAGAUGAAGAGGUCCCAGUGUCAUUCUUUUGGUUCAUUUAUGGUGUACCUGCAUCUGUGGCUAUAGCGAGCUUGACGUUUUGUCAUGUUUUUGUUGUAAUAGUGGUAACACCGUGUUUGUUGGCAGCCGUGUUUGCAUGUUGCUGGUUGCUUGCUGCAAGUGAAGUAAUGAACACUGUUGUUGACUUUAUAUAUGUUAGUAUGGUGGUUUUGAGUAAAUGUGUGCACCUGUAUUAAAUACAUUUAGGGGGGAAAUAUUUAAUUCGCUGUUCUGCUGCGUUUUCAUGUCAUGUGAACUGUCUUGAUAGGUUACUCUCACAAUUAACCUAUUCCAUCCACCACUGAAUUCCCAAACAUUGCACUUUUGCAUUUACCUUAAUAGAAUAACAAUUUGCAGGAUCAUUCCAUUAGUUUCAUAUUAAGUGACCAAAUACUGUAUACGCACAAUUCAGUCCUUACUGUAUGAAAAAAAUUGUGAAAAUUGUAUGUUUUUAUUGUGUUUACCAUCCAUACAGUUAUCAUUUUUAGGCUUAAGUGUAUAUUCACUCACAGACCACACGUGUUUGGCUUAAGAGGUUUACCGAAUAUUCCAUAUAGCAGCAUUCAACGUGAAGUUUUUUUUUUUUUUUUUAAUAGCAUGGGUUGUUUGGAUCAUUUUCACUAAAAAUCCGCGUUGCUCCUGUUGAUGUAUGCACACACCUCUUAACUCAUUCACUCCCAGCCAUUAUUCACAAGAAAUCCCCUUCUGUACUGGCCAUUUUCAAUUUUUUUGACUGACCUUGCCACAGAAUAUUGUGUUCUGUAGCUCCUUGAACAUGGAACAUGGAAAAAGAUUAUCUUUCUUCAUAAACCAAUGUAUGUUAAUCAGUGUUGUUAAUUUUACUUUAAAAAAGUAAUUAAUUACAGUUACAAAUUACUUCUCCCAAAAAGUAAUUGCGUUAGUAACUCAGUUACCUGAAUGUAAGAGUAAUUAGUUACUUGGCAAAGUAACUAGUGAUAUUUUUUUUUUCUCAAAAAAAAAACAAAACAAAAAAACACACAGGUCACACAAUGUGAAGCUUAAAGUGUUUGGGGGACAAUUGGCCCUAGCCCAAUUCUUUACCCUCCACUUAACUAGACACAAGGGUAUUGCGAUAACUAGCUUGUAACCUUUGCUAUGUGUGGAAGUCAUUUAAAGUUGUGAAUCAAUCGUUAAAGUUGUUAAAAUUUCUCCCGUUAUUGCAUUAGUUCCCUUCUGUCUACUUUAAACAUGUGUAAUUUUUAAAACUGUUUCAUCAUUUAAAGAUAGAUUUAAGUUAAGAUUUUGCCGAUUUAGGAGCAUUUUAGAUUUAAAAAAAAUUACUUAGGUUCGCUAGGAAGGAUCUCUACAUCAGGGCCUUCCUGAGAGGUCUACUGCUUUAAGAUGGCGGCUGUUUACAAACGCAUGUAGUCCUUAAAACAUGUUUGCAGUGCAGCAGUGUCUGUCAUUUGCAUCUAGUUCUAUAAUAUGAUAUCUACCGUGUCAUGUGGGCGUAGUUUGUCGGCUAUGGCUGCAGUCAGGUAUUAUUGGAGCCACCUAGCAUCGCGGUUGCAACGGCGUCUUCCCCACUCCUGCUCUGCUCUCGUCCCCGUGAGUCCGUUUCUCUCAGACUUUUUUUUAUUCAACCAACUUAGUAACGCAUAGUAACGCACGCCUUUCCCGCCUCAGUAACGGUAACGGCGUUGCCAAGAUGAGAAAAGUAAUUAAUUAGAUUACUAAUUACUGAAAAAAAUAACGCCGUUAGUAACGCCGUUAUAUUGUAACGCCGUUAUUAACAACACUGAUGUUAAUACUCUUUUCUGUUCUUGAGUUAUAAGCAUUUGAACAUCAGGACAUACGUUUUGUAUACAUCUUUGGUACCUGACGGAAGUGUUACAAAAAUGUAUGAACGCAUUCUUGGUAGUGAAUGAGUUAAUAACCACCCUCUGCUAAUCAGAUAAACAACAAUCCAUUUGACAGCUUGUGUAUAUUUAUCCGCCUUGUGGUGUGUCUGUAUGCCCUGCAGUCAGAUCGGAGCAUCUUCUCUGGUGCCGUCAGUGUGUUAUUGUGUUUCAUAAACACGUCAGUGCUGUUCCCUACUUUGUAACCAAGCACUGUCAAUCUACAUCUACAUGUUCCUGUGUAUUCCAUGGAUCCCACUCUUUAGUGGAGGCAAAAAGUCUGCACUGUUAAAAUGCCACAUUAUCCCACGUUGUAAUCCCCUUUGUGUAACAACUUUUUAUACCCAUUGCAUGUUGAAGAACUAGUACACAGUCAGCACCAUCGAUGUAUUUUCUUGUAGUUGUGGAUUUAUACAGAAAGCAUUGUGAUGGAAGGCACGGAUUACAAUCUAAUUGUUUUUAUCCUCUAUAAUUCUGGUGGUUUUGUUUGCACAUUAUUUUUUUUAAAUAUAAAAAGUUGCAGUGUGUAGCAAGAGAACAUAUGCCUCUUUUAUUGCAAUCAAACAAAAUAUUUUUUCAUUGUUGGUGGUUACACAGUACUUUAGGCUAUACAUAAAUAACUGUUGAAUAAAAUGCCCUGUAUGCAAAGUGGCAAUAAAAUUAUUAUUUGCAUAAUUGUCAUCAAUGUAUUUUCAAGUACGGGCACAAGAGGGCACACUUAAGCUUUCCAGAUUUUACUAGUCAAGAGAAAGCACUUUGCUGAAGGCCGGACUAUAUUGUGUCCUAUCUGCAGUUAUUUUAUUCCUUCCAGCCCAUUCGUAAAACUGUCUUGAAGUUAAAACAGUUCUUGAACAAACCGCUUCCGCCAUUCAUUACUUCUCAGCCCCAAAGGAAGGCCAACAGCUGGCCCCCUCUUUGCCUCACAUUUAUUUAUUCAUUCAGCAACAUGCAUUAUGUCCUUUGUUCGUCAGAGCUCAAAGAGAAUAAAAGCAGUGUGAAACAGAAGGCCACACAAUUGACUUGAUUGUAUUUCUUUUGUAAUGGCCCCAUGAAUAACUACCGAAGAGCCCAUCCAGCUGCU